AUGAAGAGAAAGCAUCCGGAAUAUGAGCAAAGACGGACCACUAAACGAUCGCUGCGUGAGCCUCUCCCAUCUAAGCAAGUGAACGGCAGACGGAGACCGGAACGACAUGAUGCGUAUCUGUCUUCUGAAUCGUCUCCAGACAGCCAAGAUGGCUUUCACCCGCAGAAUUCGGGUGAUGAAUGUGAGCUUGAGGUGGGUGCGGGGAUUUGGAAUAUGCCGUUACCGCAUGCGCAGGAUCCACUCUCCCCUGGACACGAUGUAGAAAGGUCAACUAUUCGAACUAGCGGAUCGGCAACAGCCGAAAGACAUAGGGACCAAGUCGUAGCAGGUUCAUCUGUACAAGGGCCCUCAAUGAAUGAGUCAGAUUGUAUGGGCCGAAUGGUGCAAGAUGCGAUAGAAUUGGAACGGAGCCUGCUACUGGGGACGUCUUUUCUCAAGCCGACCUACGAAAUUGACGACCAAUUGCCAUCUGCCAUCAUACCACAGCCUGCUUCAUUUGACACCAAUCUGGUUGGGUGCCAAUUUGGCCAAGGUAGCCCUGGCUUGUCACCGUCGAAUGACCAGGGCGAUUGGUUACCCUCACCUACACAGAUUACACAGGGUUGUGACCUGUUCUUCAAACAUGUUUCGCACUUUCUCCCUUUUCUGCACCAACCAACAUUCGACGCCACACAUAUCCCUCUACACCUGCUGCUCAGUAUUAUUUCCCUCGGUUAUCAACAUGGCGAAGACCCAGACCGUGGCGAUCAAGCCGGCUCAGGCGCAAGCCUAUCCACUCGUUGCUUUCAUCAAGCUCGUGCUUUCACUACCGCUGAGGAAUGUAGAACCGAAAACCCAAGAAAAAGCACCUCCCUCAUCCAGUCUUAUCUACUUUUACAAAUAUGCGCCAUGAUGUACCUCUGUGGACACGACUCUGCAUCCGGCCUCAAGAUGCAUUCCAACAUGAUAUCUCUCGCGCGAGCAGGAGGCCUCAUGCAACCAAUGCCAACCGAGUCCUCCUCAACCGAAGACCUAGAGGCGCUAUGGCGAGAAUUCAUCAAAGCCGAGUCACACAAACGAACUUCUUUCGCCGUGCACCAGAUCGACGCCCUAUGGUACCAAUUCCUAUCCAUACCCCGCUCUAUCUCCCAUUUAGAAGUCAAGCAUGACCUCCCUUGCUCCGAAGCGCAAUGGGCAGCACCCUCCGCCGCGGAAUGGGCGCACCGACAUCUCGUCAUGAGAAACCCCGGACCGACAGUCCCGUACCCAGACGCCGUCCGCCGGUUUCUAUCCUCGGAUGCGAGCCCGGACUCUAUCCCUACAUUUGACCCUUACGGGGCCAUUAACAUCGCGCAAUUCCUCAUCUCCAGCGCCAGGGAAGUAUCCGGCUGGUCCACCAUGACCGGAAUGUUGAGCAUGGACCGGCUCGAUGCUCUCCGGUCAUCGCUAAUCGCCCUGGGCCCAUUUAUCCGUUCACAACCCGAGACCGUAAAGGGAAUGCACGCGACAGCAACCUGGGAAACAGCCAUGAUCGAACUUCAUUUAUGGUCUCCAGCUCAUACGGGCGGUAUUGUGGCAGCGAGUCUGGAUGCUGUGGUGAGUCAGUCGACUUCUCUCGCUCCUUCGUAUGAGUUCCUGUGGGAGGCCGACACGGCCAAGGCGAUCCAGCCGCAUGUUGACUGGUUCCUCCGGUAUCUGGAUACGACUUUGGAACCGGAUAUGGAGGCACCGUGGGUGGCGGUGUAUGCAUACAAGGCGUUUUUGAUUGCUUGGCAGCUUGUACGGGGAGGCAUUCCGAACGCGAUGCUUGUUGCUGGCAUUCAGGAUGGGGAUGUGGAGGGGGCAUUGGGAUGGGCAAGGAAGGUCUUUGGACGGAGACAGAGAUGGCAGCUUGGGAGGCUUAUAUUGUCUUGUUUGGAUGGGUUGGGAAGUUGA